AUGUCUUCCUCCAACCAAGGCCGCCAGUCCCCUCCCCCGGAGCAGCAGUCGGGCCCUCAGCUCAAGGACACCCCCGGAUCCGGUAAGGGAGUCGAGGACGUCAACUCGGGCGAUAAGAAGCAAGAGCAGCAAGAUCAGCUGAAGAACCUCUCGUCAAACCCCAAGGGCGUUCUAGACGAUGCCGUCGAGGCCAAGUUCGCCAAGACGGCCAAAUAA